AUCCCCCGUUUCUAUGACCCCGGGGACCCUCGGGGCCCCAUUCCCAGCCAGCCCGGGGCACCUCAGCCCCAGCCUCCCUUUGCUGGGAAACCCGGCCUGAGCACGGGGCUCUGCGGCCGCUCUGGGAUUUGUGAUCCCCCAAAGGAAAGGGAGAGAACAGCAGAGGGAGAGAGAGAGGAGGAGAUUGGGAAUCAGGGCUCGGGUCCCAGCGCCCAGCCCUGCUCCGCCGGGGGUGGGACCCGCACCCGCAGGAAAAAUUGGCUCCGCUGCUCGCGGUGCUUUCCCGGCUUUGGGCCGAGCCCAACGGGGUCCGGGCAGAGUUUGAGCGCAGGGCCGGGAGUUCAGCACAGCCCGGCCCGGGGGUUUCGUAGGGAGCGGCCCUGGAGGGUCCCAGGCGGAUCCCGAGGGAUCCAGAGGGGGGCCAGGAGGGGAUCCAGGUGAAUUCCCUGGAAUUCGCCCUUUUCCCCUCCCCCUUUUCCCCUCCCCCCGCGCUCCUCGGGCACUUUCGCUUUCGCGUCUCUCCAGCAGCGCCACAGCCGCGAUCGGGGACGGCUGCGAUGGCUCCAGCGCUGGGGCUGGGGGUGCUCGGGCGGCUCCGGGGGCUCCUGGGGAACCCGGGGGGCGCGACCAAAGUUCUCCACUCCCUGCGUUUCCUGGAUGUGGGGGUGUCAGAGCCCAGUCCGGGGAUCUCCCAGUACAUGCAAAUGGGGUUUGUGGAUGGGAUCCCCUUUGAGCGCUACGACAGCGAGCGGGGCCAGCUGGAGCCGCUGACGCAGUGGAUAAAGGAUGGAGUCGAGCCAGAAUAUUGGGAGUGGGGGACCCAGAUCGAUGUGGGGAACCAGCACGUAGCUGCCAGGGGCCUGGAGAUACUGCGGGAGCGGUACAACCAGAGCAGGGGUCUCCACACCAUACAGUGGCUUUCUGGCUGUGACCUCCUGUCUGACGGGAGCAUCCAUGGGUCCCACCAGAUUGGCUACGAUGGGCGGGAUUUCAUCUCCUUUGACCUGGAAUCCGGGAGAUUCGUGCCAGCCGACAGCGCUGCUGAGAUCACCAGGAGGCGCUGGGAACAGGAAGGGACCGAGGCUGAGAGGCACCUGAAUUACCUGAAGCAUGAAUGCCCGGAAUCGCUCCGGAAAUACAUCGGAUACGGGCAGAAGGAGCUGGAGCGCAAAG